AUGGAGCAUAGCUGGCCGACCCCGGAGCACUUCUGGCUCGAGCUGGGCUAUAGCCGCAGGGUCCCGUCAGAGCUGAUGGCGGAAGCCUUGCGAAAAAACCAACAUCAGCAGCACCUCAAUGCCAUGAAGGAGGCGCUGGAGCGUUUCGAUUUGCCGCGGAUCCGCGUGCAGAAGUGGGAGCCCAGCAUGGGGAAGCCCAAGGCUGCAAAGCUCAUCCAUUGGGUUCGUCAUGGCCAGGGCUACCACAACCUGAUGGCAGAAGCGUGCCAACAGUUGGGUGUAGACUUUUCUGAACUGGGGACCUACGAGGAGGCUAAGAAGGCCACCUUCCAUCCCUAUGUCAAUGAUGCUAUCAAAGAUCCACCCUUGACCUGCUUGGGCGUGGACGAUGCGAAGGCUCUGUGGUCUUUAGCCAAAACGCUGACGCCCGAACUGUUGGUGGUUUCACCGCUGAGACGCGCGACAGAGACCAUUCUCAUUGCUUUCAAAGACGCCGUUUCGAACGGAGUUCCUGUCCUGGCCCAUGGAGCCUGUCGAGAGCAGAUUGGUGUGCAUACCUGCGAUCGGCGCUCCUCCCGGACGGACUACGUGGAAACCUUCCCAAAGGUGGAUGUUUCCCACGUGAAACACGAUGAGGACCCAACCAGUUGGACGCAACGAGAAAGUAAGUUGGAGCUGGCGCAAAGGGCUCACGACUUUCUCCUGUGGCUCCUUCAGCGGCCGGAGACGGAGAUCGUGGUGGGCACACACUCAGCCUUUUUGAUGGGCCUCUUUCACAUAGCCCUAGAGAUCAGCGACGACUCCAUGAAGCAGUUCUUCAAGACAGGAGAGCUUCGCUCGAUUCUGGUGAGUCCGGAGGAGGUGGCAAGGGCAGCAGAGCGUCCCUUUGCCAAAAAGCCUCGACUGAGCUGA